AUGACUACACAGAAAGUCUCCUAUUUGACUCAACAACAAGCGAAAGACAUCGAUGAAGAACUUUUUCAUGAAUACAAGUUUAGUGUCGAUCAAUUGAUGGAAUUAGCAGGACUCAGUUGUGCCGCCUCUAUUGCUAAAGCAUACAGCGAUGCGAAGAAAUAUUCGAAAUGUCUCGUGGUUGUUGGUGGUGGGAACAAUGGUGGCGAUGGUCUCGUUUGUGCUCGUCAUUUAAAGCUCUUUGGUUAUGAACCGACAGUUGUUUAUCCUAAACGAACUGAUAAAGAACUGUACAAGAAUUUGACACUUCAAUGUGAAAAAAUGGAUAUUGAAAUUUUGGAGAAGAUCCCAACGAAAUCGCAAUUCGAUUUGAUCGUUGACGCAAUAUUUGGUUUCGGAUUUUCUGGUGAGAUUCGUGAACCAUUCGGAAGUAUUCUUAAAGAGUUGAAAACUCUCGAGAAAACAAUUCCGAUCGUUUCAAUUGAUGUGCCAAGUGGCUGGGAUGUGGAAAAAGGCCCCGGUAGUGAUGAAAGUCUUCAACCUGAAUGCGUGGUCUCUUUGACAGCGCCGAAAAGUUGUAUGCAACAUUUUCAAGGCAAAUAUCAUUUUCUAGGCGGACGAUUUGUUCCCAAAGCUUUGCAAAAUAAAUAUCAAAUCAUUCUUCCCGAAUAUUCGGGUAGCGAACAAAUCGUCCAGAUUUAA